AAUUACCAUUCAUUUUUAUUGGUUAAUUAAUUAUAAAAUUAAAUAUCUCCUGAAAACAAAAAAAAAAGACAAAAGAAACCCAUCAUCAACAGCAAGUUGCAACUUUGCCUUUCCUCAUCUUCUUCAAAAUAACGCUUCAGCUUUCAAUCAUUUCGUCUGAGGAUAUAGAGUCGAUCAGAGGGAGAAUCUCUCGAAAUUGCCUAUGAAGAACUCAUCGUCCUCCUCCGCUGGAUCAAUGAAAGCAAAAUGGGGAGUGUCCUCAUCCGAUGUUUUUUAUCAUUUCAGCACGAGUGGAAUGUCUGUUGCUACUGCAACCGGAAUUACCCAUCCUUUAGCUUUCAAUCAUUUCGUCUGAGGAAAUAGAGUCGGUCAGAGGGAGAAUCUCUCGAAAUUGCCUAUGAAGAACUCAUCGUCCUCCUCCGCUGGAUCAAUGAAAGCAAAAUGGGGAGUGUCCUCAUCCGAUGUUUUUUAUCAUUUCAGCACGAGUGGAAUGUCUGUUGCUACUGCAACCGGAAUUACCCAUCCUUUAGAUGUUCUGAAGGUCAGGCUGCAAAUGCAGCUAGUUGGCCAAAGAGGCCCGUUGACUGGCAUGGGAAAACUUUCUAUGCAAGUAGUCAAAAGUGAAGGACUCAGGGCCUUGUAUUUGGGAUUGACACCUGCAUUAAUGAGGUCAGUUCUUUAUGGGGGUCUCCGUUUAGGCUUAUACGAACCUUCAAAAUAUGUGUGUGAAUUGGCUUUUGAGUCCCGCAAUGUCUUGAUGAAGAUUGCAUCUGGAGCAUUCUCUGGCGCUGUUGCAACAGCACUUACCAAUCCUGUGGAAGUGCUGAAGGUGCGGUUGCAGAUGAGAAGAACAAGCACCCUUGGGCCGAUCCAAGAACUGCAAAAAAUUGCUUCAGAAGAGGGCAUUGCAGCCCUAUGGAAGGGGGUCGGCCCUGCAAUGACCAGAGCUGCUGCAUUGACUGCAUCACAGCUGGCAACAUAUGAUGAAUCCAAGCAGAUGUUGAUGAACUGGACUUCUCUUCAGGAAGGAUUUUAUCUGCAUCUUAUUGCGAGUACUAUAGCUGGAACUGUGAGUACCAUUAUGACUGCGCCGGUUGAUAUGGUUAAAACAAGACUUAUGCUGCAACAACAAUCUCAAAGAGUUGGAAGCUACAAAAAUGGCUUCCACUGUGCCUAUCAGGUUCUGCAAACAGAAGGUCCUCGUGGUCUUUACAAAGGGGGGUUCGCGAUGUUUGCAAGAUUGGGUCCACAAACAACUAUUACCUUCAUUGUCUGUGAGCAGCUGCGUGGACUUGCAGGACUCGAGGCACUCUGACUCGCUUAUAGUUAUACACAUGAUUCAAGAACUGAAGAUGGAUUUACAUUUUGGACGCUUUGUCCGAUUUUUUUCGAGUGGAAGUUACAAGUCUGAUUGAUUACUCACAGGUACACAAGUCACCUGCGAAUGGAUUUGGUGAAUUGUUUUAUAAAAUGCGACAUAGAUUUUUCCUUGAUUGGUGCCACUUGUAGUUAGGGGUCAAGUGCUAUCUCAUCGUGGGAUAAUAUAGGAAAUGUGGGAUUUAAAUAAUUGGGGGUUUCGAGUUGAAUGCUUUUUAAAGUUUGUGUAGUUGGCAAUGUUGGAAAUAGAUCAUUUCCCUGUUGCGAUAGAGUUUGCUAUAUGAAUCUUGAAUUCUUUACAACAAUUGAACAUGUAAAUUUGUUGAACAGUUUUGUGAUUGCUUCAUCUGUUUUUUAAA